GAAGAAAGGGACAUCACAACGCAUUGUGGUCGGACGUCGACAAGGUCGGUCUUAGCACACCUUGUCUAAUAUUUAAAGCCCAUAUUAUCACAUUUGUAAGACAAAAUUCAUUCGAGUGUCAGCUUUCCGAUUUGUCCGCUAGAUGUCGCAUAUUUCGAUUUAUGGAAGUUAUUUAAAUUUGAAUGGUUUUCACUAUCCAGAAAUUUCAACCUACCCAGAUUAUAUUACGUGAAAAACAAUGGCGUCAACGCAAGUAGUUUCUCUUAAUAUUGGACAAAUGAAGCGAGUUCACUUCCCAACAGAAGGUGUUGACAGACCUGCAGAGCCCACUAUUCCACAUUUUGUGAGUCCAAAGAAAAUGGUUAAACAGUCAAACAGUCAACGGAAAAGGAGUUUAAGUCUUUCGUUUGAAAGCAAACCUCAACACUUCAAGAGGAGACGCAAAGAUGAGUUUGUGAGACCAACAAAGUUUCUGCUUGGAGGCAACAGCAGAGAUCCAUUAAACUUGGGAAGUCUAGCAGAUGAAAGAAUUAACCGAGCUUUGAAUGAACAUACUCCAGAAUCCUCACCUCUACCUACCCCUAAGCACCGAAAGGAAGAAAUUGAAGUAUUAAUUCCAUCUAAUAUAAGGGAUCCAUUAAAUUUGAAUAUGCCAGAUGAUGAUUUAGCGGAAAGAGCAUUGAUUUCUCCGAAUGCAGUGAUGAGGAAAAAGCGAGGGCGAAACCGCAAACGAAGGAGAACGAACAGUGCUAGUGAAGUGCUAGAUGCUCGAAGAAAUUCACCUGAGUUAAGAACGCUCACAUUGGAUCUUCCUGUGGUUAAGCCAGUUGCCGUACAGGCAGCAGAAAACCAUGUUGCAGCCGAAACAAAACCAGAAAACUCUAUUAGUACGCGAGAAUUCAAAGAUUUAAAGUUGAAAACGGAAGCGAUCAGGCAUUGCAGGCGGCCGGAUGACAAAAUAGUUAGCCCUGUAGUUCCACAACCUGGAGCUAGAAAGCGAUGUGGAUUUUUUCCAAGAUCUCUUUCAAAAGAGUCUACUGCCAAAACUCAAAGUCAGCGCCCGUUUUCUCGAUGCCCUUCAAGAGAAAGUCAAAUGGCCGGAAGCAGCCAAUUAAAUAAUAAUUCUGAACAGUCUUGUUCAAGUCAGAACGUAAAAGAGGUUAAACGGUUUCAGUAUGGAAAUUACGAUAGGUAUUAUGGUUAUCGCAACCCCAACUGCGAAGACCUGCGACUCCGUUCGUUCUGGCGUGAGUGGUUCGAAGACAAAGACGUCUUGGAUAUUGGAUGCAAUGCAGGACACGUGACACUUUGCGUGGCUCGUGAUUUCAAUCCAAAACAAAUCGUUGGAAUUGACAUUGACCCCAAAUUGAUAGCAAUUGCUCGCAAGAAUAUAAAAACUUACUCUGGCUCCCAUCCGAAUGAACGUCAAUUCCCAGUUUCCAUGCCACUCAUGUACGGAUCCAUACCAAGCACCAGUUCAUCUGCCGCAUCAUCCCGCUUUCCCGACAACGUUUCUUUCGUCCAGGGGAAUUACGUACCCGAAAGCGACGAAUUUCUUCAAAUGGUUCAACCAGAAUAUGAUGCUAUUCUUUGUCUUUCCGUCACGAAAUGGGUACAUCUCAAUUGGAAAGAUGCUGGACUGAAACGUUUUUUCCACAGAAUUUUCGCCCAUUUACGACCAGGAGGAAAAUUGGUACUUGAGGCGCAAGGUUGGGCAUCUUACAACAAGAGAAAAAAUUAACGGUGAGUUGCAAUACAAAUUUCCUAGGGAAAUUAAAAACUGAAGUAUCUGCUUACAUUCCACAGGAAACUAUUGCUGCAAACUAUGCGGCUAUUCAACUAUAUCCUGAGCGGUUUCCUGAUUAUCUACUUUCGCAAGUAGGGUUCUCUACUUGCGAAGAAAUAGCAACCCCACAUCAUGCUGCUAAAGGCUUUCGGCGACCCAUUCACGUUUUCACAAAACCUAUAAGUAGUUGUCCUACAACGCCAAAAGACAAUGUUGGGUGAGUAGUAACUGAAAUAUCUCCCAUUUUCUAUUGUUAGCCAGGAUCUUCAACGAUUGUACAGUUUUUUUUCUUCGUUCUUGAAUCGCUUUUGCUUAUCCAUUACACUCUUUGGCAAGUAUUCAGUAUAUUCCUUUCGAAUUUUCGAGAUCUCUGGUGUGUCCUAUUCCUGUUCCAAUUUCUUUUCACCUUUCAUUUUUUUGCAGCACCUUGAUCACGCCACUUCCUAGUUUCAUUUCCUCAGUAAGAUUUUCAUUAUUGGAUGAAUUCAGUUGGAUUGGUGUGAUACGUUAGCACAAGAAUGUACAGUCAAUUAUAUUUUAUAAUAAAAGACUGUUAAAUCAGACUAAAAUAAUA